UACCACAUUCUCAUCAGAAGCUGGAAUGGGCUCUUCCCAGUUCGGCCUCAAGAUGCUGGUAUAGCAGCGGGCAGCUGUGAUCCCGAGGACCUGUGGUGGGACAUUGUUUCCCGCUGGGACAUCCUUCACCCCCUCUCUCGUGGCAGAAGCGAUGGAUGCCCACGUGGACCUCCUGACGGAGCUGCAGCUGCUGGAUAAGGUGCCCACGCUGGAGAGGCUGCGGGCAGCCCAGAAGCGGAGGGCUCAGCAGCUGAAGAAAUGGGCACAGUAUGAGAAGGAGAUGCAGCACAAGAAGCGGAAACAUGAAAAGAAGAGAAAUGCUGUUAACCGAAAGAAAGUGUCUUUUGAAGCCAGUGUUGCUCUGCUGGAGGCUUCUCUGAGGAACGACUUGGAGGAAGUGUGUUACUUGCUGAAGAGCAACAUCAGCCCAGACCUGUGCAAUGAAGAUGGAUUAACUGCACUGCAUCAGUGCUGCAUAGACAACUAUGAAGAGAUAGUCAAGCUUCUCCUCAACCAUGGGGCCAAUGUCAAUGCGAAGGACAAUGAGCUGUGGACUCCGUUGCAUGCAGCAGCUACGUGUGGUCACAUCAACCUGGUGAAGCUCCUCAUCCAGCACGGAGCAGACUUGUUGGCAGUGAACGCAGAUGGCAACAUGCCAUAUGACCUCUGUGAAGAUGAGCCAACUCUGGAUGUCAUUGAGACUUGCAUGGCCUAUCAGGGAAUUACACAGGAAAGGAUCAAUGAGAUGCGGGCUGCUCCAGAGCAGGUCAUGAUCUGUGACAUUCAUGACAUACUUGCGACUGGACAAGACCUGAACAGGACUGAUGCCCAAGGUGCUACGCUGUUGCAUAUAGCUGCAGCCAAUGGUUAUCUGCACGCAGCUGAAGUCCUUCUUGACCAGGGGGCAAGCCUGGAUGUUAAGGACUGGGAUGGCUGGGAACCUCUUCAUGCUGCUGCUUUCUGGGGACAGAUGCAGAUGGCUGAGUUGCUUGUGUCCCAUGGCGCUAGUUUGAGUGCCAGGACAUCUUUGGAUGAGAUGCCAAUAGAUCUGUGCGAAGAGGAGGAAUUCAAAGUAUUACUUCUGGAGUUGAAACACAAACAUGAUGUGAUCAUGAAGUCUCAGAUGAGGCAUAAAUCCUCCCUGAGUCGAAGGACCUCCAGCACUGGCAGCCGUGGGAAGGUGGUGAGGAGGGCCAGCCUUUCGGACCGAACAAACCUUUACAGGAAGGAGUGUGAGAAAGAGGCCAUCGUCUGGCAGCAGCUGGGGGCAGCAGAAGAAGGGAGAAACUCAGGUCUCAUUGGAGAAAUUGGGGAGACUCGGUCUGACCAGGAGAAUACAGACCCUAAUUCAGUGUUGGAGAACUCUUCCCUCCUUCCGGAGUUAGCAAACAAAAGCACCCAGUGCGACUCUGAAAUCCCGCUCCAGAAUGGACUCAUGGCAUCUGCCAGCGCUUACCAGUACACGUUUUCCAACGGGGACAUUUGGAGCAUGCACGCUGACCCUGACAGUAACCCAGGCCACAUGCUGCCCUACGGCAACCCUGGCCUCCCUGACACACAGCAGUUCUGGGGUGCCUACAAGGAGCAUAACCACACGCUCUCCGAACUGAAGCGGCAGCGGGCUGCAGCCAAACUCCUCAAUCACCCUUUCCUCAGCACCCACUUUGGCAGUGGCAUGGGAGGAGUUGCUGAGAAUGGAGGUGAGGCCAAGUCGCACCUAAUCGCAUCCAGGACUUCUCCCUACAGCUCCAAUGGGACCUCAGUGUAUUACACAGUGUCCAGUGGUGAUCCACCCCUCUUGAAAUUCAAAGCUCCCAUGGAGGAAAUGGAAGAGAAGGUGCAUGGGUGCUGCAGAAUUUCCUAGUCUCACCUGCUUCUCACACCAGAAGAAACAAGAUGUGGGUGGGCUGGUUGGCUCUAUCGCAGCGGCCAGGUUGUCUGCAUUCCAAAGGGAGAAUUUGGUUAUGGACAUCCUGACUGUGGUGGCCUCAUUCAUCUUGAAUUGUACUUUACCCUGCCAAUUACUUCCACUGCAGUUGAAUGAGUAAGGCAGGUGGAGCAAGGCUCUUAUGAGAGGAAGGGAUGUGCAUCAAUAUAAUGUAAAAAGGGUUGCCCUGGUCUUGCUCCCUGGGGAAGAAGGAAGGUAUGGUGCACUGCCUCCCUGUCCUUAGGAAGUCAUGAGAUGCCUUGGAACAAAGAAGGAAUCUGAAUUAAAAUCUUUGCAUGUGAGCCUCUUGCUGUAAGUCACCAAGCUUCUGGAAGGUGACAGUUUUUUUCACUCUUGGGUAAUGCAUAUACCCUGGAGGGGAGAUCACCCCCCACCCAGGGUUUGCAAGAGUAGACAGAGCUGUUUUCCGUACAGCUGGAUCCAGCACUCGCAGGGCCUGAGCAACAAGCAAGCGUAGAUGAAGCGCUUGCUGUAGGAAGUUUGCAAGGUGUUAUCUCCUUGCAGUGACAGCUCACCAUCAGAAACUGCGCACGGGCUGGGUCCUGUUCUGCUCGUGUAAACUCGUCACUGCAGACUGCCAUCAGGUUUGAAGCAGAACUUUUUCUGGAACAGGCUUCACUCAAUAGGCUUUAAAACUGAAGUUGCAAUAAGGGGCCCUGGCAAUAGAAUUUUACUGCAAUAAAAUACUGACAAAGGUCUAUAUUGGGAUAAGUAAUUAAAAAAACUUAUUUGUACUAUUUAGACUCUUAAUUUGUUAAAACUGAAAAGACUUUUGCUGAUCUCUUUCCUAUUGAUUCUGUUUUACUCUGUACGCUCAACACAGAUACUAAGGGCAGUAUGCUUUGCAUUCUGAUUUUUUUCUAGUUUUCCAGAACCACAGGGCUCAGGAGGGAUGAGGAGGAAAGGCUUGCUGACACUAAUCUAGAAAUGCCGUGAAAGCAUUUCUCAUCUCCCUAGAUGUUACAACACUUGCAUUAACCUGCAGUCUUUGGCUGAUAGAUAACUGUUAAAUCAUUGCUUUGGUACUUGAGCAUUGCUGCAGGGCAGGAGAAUUUUUUUUGUCGGUUUUCCAGCUCCCAUGCUGAAGUCGUCAGCAGUGGUUAGUAGCUGUCAGAGGAAGUCUUAAAAUGCCUCUAUGUAUAAGGGAGUUGCCUGGCACUGUGCAGCGCUUGGCCGAGCCGCUCUGCUGUAGGGCAGCUGGCACACCAACUCCCGUGUUUGACUGUAGUUCAUGUUAGCCCUGACAGACUACCUGAGAAACACUGGCACGGUAUAACCUGGGGCUUUGGCACUGGCUCUCCGCAAGUUAAGGCUUUGCAUACCUGGGGGAGGUGAGAGUGCCCUGUGGGAGACAGCUCUGAGAAACUGGCCACGGUUGAGUUAAAUUGCAUCUACAGAAGUAACUGAAAAUCUUCAACCCUUUUUCUGCACAGAGGAGCUCUCGCACACUAUUUGCCUGCAUGAAUUUGUGUCAUCUUGGGCCGUUUAAAUUCCAAACUCUGAAAACAUAGGCCUGUUUGGGUCUCCGUGAGCCAUCAGUGGAUUAAAUCCACUGCACAUAGUUGUUCUUCAGCCAAGCAACAGCAAAUGCAGCUUCCACCUAUCUUCCUUUUGGCUGGCAGAUGUUAGACAUCUAUAUUACCCUUCACAUGUACGCUUGCCCUGGGGGAAUCCUCACAGCCUUUUCUUUUUUCUGGGCUAUAAAAAGUUGACUUAGGCUGCUAGUGAUUGUUAAGCGCUAACCUCUGAUCACUGUCACAUCUAGCCCAACACUGGGGUGAUAUAUUAUGAUACAGGGCUCUGGGCUCUUCAUUCUGGGCUCCUCGAGGCAGCAGAGGUGGCUGUGUCACCACCACAACCACACUGGGCAGGAAACACUUUCGGACCUGUAAGGUUAUUACCAGGCUGACAGUUUACUCUUGAACUUUUGAAGAUACAAUUCUCUUCCCUCACCAGUUUUAGGAACAAAUUAGAAAAUGGUAGCAGUUGAUCUGAUUUAUUUUUUUUUUUUAAACCUCACUUCAGUUAAAGGCAGGGGGUUUCUUUGUAUGUUUGGAAACAUUCAGAGAAGUUUGUGCUUCCUCCAUUAUUGAAAUGCAUAUGCUAAAUAUAAGACUAGGAAAUACUUCUUGUGCUUGACUUAACCUUAAGGGAUUUUAAAAGUCUUUCUCUAGUAGAAAGAAGAUGAUCUGGUAACUGGACAGACUUUGCCCCAUCUGUGUGUGAUUAACAGUGGGUCUUCUGAUUAUCUGGAGAAAAUUCUUCUGGGAUAACAUCAGGUGUAGCCUGGCAGUUACUGAACAGGGGGAGGUGAUUUUUCAGAUGCCUCUUCUCCCACAGUGGUGAGGAUUGUCUCUCCACGUCCAUCCGAAUGAGAAUUCUGGACUCAGUGUAACAAAUAUUGGUGCCUCUAUCCACUAGGUUGUAAGUGGUGUAAAAUUUGGGGCCUGCUGAUGCCUUCCCUCCCUCCCAGGGAAGGAGGAGUUGGGCCCUUUUCCUUCUCAGAGCAAUUUUGUGCUAUCGAGUGUAUUGGAUCCUACCUAACCAACAGGACACUGCUGAAUGCAAUAGUUUAAGGCUUGCUUUCACUGAAAGCUGUUCAUGCAGUAAAACUGUAGGAAGCCAGUCCAGUUUAGACAAACAGCUUUUAGUCCAUUGAUAUUUCACUUUGUUUAUAUGUAAAACUCCAGGAACUCGUCACUCUAGCUGUGAUCUUGAACAAGCCAACAAUUAAAUCUGCUAUCAGGCAAAAGAGAUUACAGGUUCUAGAUUACAAAACAUCCCCCUAAUUGGACUUGUAAUUGUAAAAUUGACUGUAAUACAGCUCUUCUUGCUUUAUCACUGUAAGGUAACAUGCUCACUGAAGUCUAGUGGUGUCUGAUCAAAUGUAAUCAAUUCUUAUUCAGACAAGAAUCACUAGUCGAUAAAUCUUCCAGGAUAUGUUUCACAGCCAUGCCAAGUAUUUAUCUACCACUGGCUUUGGGUUGAAGUUGCAUCAGUGUAGGACUUGCAAAGGCUGAUGAAGAGUGACCUAGAAUGGAUUCAUGUUUAUGCAUGAGUGAUGUUUGAGAUCUAAUGGUCACUGCCUGUGGGGUGCUGGCAAAUCCGCUCGGAGAAGGAGCUCAGAUUGUAGGUCUGGGAUGAGUUCUGUAAAGUGGAUAUUUAACCUGCUUCUGGUAAACCAUUUGGCAGAGACAAACAGGCUUUUGGGAGAAUAACAAAAACAUAGAUACUCUUAUGUGCAUUGUAGGAACCAACCUCUAGGAAUAGAACUUAUUAUUAUAAAGUUUAGCAGUGUUACAACAAUAGUGGGGUUUUAUAUCUAUGUGUUUUAAAGGCCAUCCCAGUGGAAAGCUCUGAGGCACACAGCAGCAGGCACUUGGCUAUUUCAUUGGAUCUUAUGAUUGCUAAAGAGCUGUAGAAACUUGAAAUCAUAUUGUGACUGGUAUGUCUAACACGGCUUAUUAGAGGAAGAUUUGGGGUUUUUAUGCGAUACUCAGUGUUUUUAGGCUCAAUAAACAUCUAAGUACAGAUCUGAGAUCAGAGUCCCACUCGUUAGCAGUAAGCCGAAGGUUGUAGUUGUUCAUAUAGACUACACAAUGAUUUGAGAAUGUGGAUAUAUUGACGGGUCUAUUGUAGGCAGAGCUGCACAUGAGAAUUAACCUUUCUGCUUGCAAAAUCUUCUUGUAUGCUGAAGUCAUGCUGUUUCUAGCAAACUGAUUCAUAAGAGCAGCUUUACUUUCCACGUUGAAAGACUUUUUUCAGAUGGAAAAAAAGUUGUCUCUCAAACAGUGACUCCACUUUACUGAGCUCAAUCAAGAAAGUCCCAGCACUGAAAUGUUAGAUAAGGGCUUAAGUCCCAUUGCUGGGACCUGUUUGAUGUCAGACCUGGAUCUGUAUUUCAUGUACAAAGUGAUGCGAUUUUAGCCCACUUGGUUUCACUUCUGUGGUGCUCCAGAACCUGAAAACCCUCCCAACUGGGAAGAACUGAGUCUAGCGGAUGUGAUUCUGUACCAUCUUGCAGGUGUAGUUGAAAAACCACGUGGAUGAGGAACCCCUGGUAGGGAAGGAGAAGAGCAUGACAGGACAAUAGCAAUAAUUAAUUGGUGCAAUACUCAGUGGAGGCCAGUGAAUUCUCUAGUUUAUUGAGCAGGGCUUUAUUUCAUGGGGUUGAAAGCACUUACAAGCUCCCAAAUGGCAUUACAACUUCUAUUCAGUGUCUUUUUGCUUUAGUCUUGGAGCUCUGUUUACCCAGAUCUUCUCUGCUGAAACUAAAUCAGCAAUACCAUGAAAUAGGAACAUCUUAAACUGAGAAAGCAAUAGCACUGGUCUCCAGUGAGCCACAGAUGAACUGUUAUCUGUCUGCUGGAAGGUGUUCUCCUUACGUCUGGAUAUUUCUGUGCCUUAUCAUACUUGCUAAAGGUAACUCAGUAACUAGUCUCUGGAAGGUUUGCGGUGACUGUACAGUGCUGGUUUUUAACUUGGAGACUGUUUUGCAAGGGGUUAACAGUUCAGAGCAUACCAGAUUUUUAAGUUUUUAAUUUACUUCAAUUUCUCUCAUGAUCACCAGUUCUCUUCCUAAAUACACAGAAAAGGGUCUUCAUUCUGAUUUAACAGAUCAAAGUGACCUGCUUUGUUAUAUCAGUUCUCUACAGGCAGAGUCCAGAACAUGCUUGUAGCAGCAAAGUCUAGCCUCUUACUACAGAACCUGGCUAAUAUUUACAUUUUUUGGUUUGUUUUGCCUGUGUCUGUACAACAGACUUUACUGUCUCUGAUUGUUCUUCAGCUUUAUUCUGCUGUUUUCAUGUUGGCCAAACUGGUAAUGGACUUCUCAAUUCCCCCACACAAUGAGAGCACCACUGUUUUUUUUCAGGCAACAUCUGCCAUGGCACAAUUACGACCUUGAAUAUUUUGGUGUAUUUCAACUGCAGAAGCUGUAGUAGAGGAGAUUCUGUUUGAGAUGUCUGUUCCCAAACCUACACCAAUGCAAUUAUCUCCACCCCCAGCUGGAGGGAAGAUACGGAUUUUUAAACAGUGCAGAUGCAGCCUUAGUAUUGCCACCUCUACAUCUUUGCAGUGUGAGAAUGGGCUGUAGGAGUGUCGGUAACGCAGGUACAGCUCGGUGUGACUGCUGCAUGUACGGGACAUUAACAAAUGACGGCAAGCCUUUUGCAAUAACUCGUAAUUCCAUCCAUCAGUAGUAAGCGAUGUACAAAUAAAAAAUGAUGAGAUGU